UGAAUUCAAAUUGGUUGGAUGGGAGUACUCAGCACUCAGCAGUCAAUACAGUGCCUCAAACUGCGAAAUUCGGAUCAAAUAGAAAAGCAGAAUAAGAAUUAUAUUUUCAACUUUACCCUUCUUCCGAUCAUUUUCUUUGCGCAAAUUCAAAGAUUUGUCAUUUAUACGGAACAUUUUUUGCUUUUCUUUUUUGGUUUUAUGGGGAAAUCACUUCCACAUCCAACAAAGCUCAAAACUUUUGUGAAUUUUAUCGGCUCAGACAGCUUCCCCCGCCACCGCGCCGCCCAGGCCAAGCCCGGAUAUAAACCCCGCCCACUUCUCCCCUCCGGGGAACCAAAGGUCAAGGGGCAGAUCAGAGUCAUAGAAUCAUCAUCUUCGGAGCGGCGGCUGGGGAGGUAUAAGAUGGAGGAGAGUGCUGUUUCCACUUCAUCGUCGGAGCACCGCCGGGUACCGCUGGCCGACGUGGUGACUGAUUGCAUUAGACGGUGGUUCCAGGACACCCUCAAGGAGGCCAAGGCCGGCGAUAUCUCCAUGCAGGUCCUUGUGGGUCAGAUGUACUUUUCUGGGUAUGGCGUACCCGUAGAUGCUGAGAAGGGAAGAGCAUGGAUAAGCAGGGCAUCAAGAACGCGUUCCUCAGCAUGGAAAGUCAGUGAUAAACGCCCAGGGUAUAAUCUUAGUGAUUCAGAUUCUGAUGAUAAUGCUGGCGAUGUUAAAUGAGAGCAGCAAUGCCUGAUAUUGGGAAAUUCAAACAAGAAAUUUCAUUUGCAUUUCAUGCACCACCACCUGCAGUCCCGUUCAUUGGCGAACUAGUGUUAUCUAUCACCCUGAGCUCCUCGGGCUUUCAUUUCAUUUGUUUUUAUUGCCUCUUGUUCUUCUGUUUUUUAUAUUUCAAUUUGGUGGUUUCUGUUUGUUGUUGAUGGAUUUAUUUUAUAUUUCUGGGCCAUAAGAUGUUUAUUUUUUGUAUUGUUCAUCUCUGCCUAUUCCUUAAACCAUCACCUCGUUUCACUCUCAGCGGUCAGCACCAUAACUUUUUUCAUAUCUAUACUUUGAACAUGACAUUUCAAGAAUUUUAUCUCAACUAUACAUAGUUGCUGGUAGUACUAUUCUUUAUAAUGUCCGCGUUUGUGCAG